AUGGCAUCUAAAAUAAUUGUCCUGGGGAGUGUCAAAUGGUCAAUCAAAGAAGUGUUCGCAAAAUUAGCAAAGCUCCAGGCGAAACAAAAUUUCGCUUUUGCUAUUAUUUCUGGUGACCUUUUUGGUGAUGGCUCAGAUGAGGAAGAGCUCAGCGACAUUGUUGCCUUGCUGGAUGGGACUAUCAAUGUGCCAUUGCCCACAUAUUUCACCGUUGGAAACCACCCGAUUCCAGCCCGCAUCAUUGAAAAAAUUGAAUCAGAUGAUGAAGUUUGCACAAAUCUUUAUUUCCUUGGUCGGCGUAGCACGCUCAAAACCUCUGAAGGCAUCAGAAUCGUUACAUUGGGGGGUAAUCUAGAAAGAAGCUCUAAGACCCUUGCGUCUGACGUGCGCGAUAAAUACCUGCCCAGAUACACGCAAUCCGACGCCCGAUCGUUAUUCGGAGCCCACAAUGCCGAUAUUUUAAUAACCAACCAAUGGCCAAAGUCGAUUCGCGAUGGUUCAAAAGUCUCAUUGCCUGAGGGCACCAACGCUCCCGAAGGAUCACAAUGCGUGGCAGACCUCUUCGCUUCGCCCAAGGCGAUGAAUACCAUCGGCCUAGCAAGCGGGCUCGGAGGCCCCCCCCCACCUGGACCUUCAGAGUGCUUUUUUUGCUUAUCGAAUCCGAAUAUUGCCACCCAUCUCAUUACCUCCAUUGGAUCGGAAUGUUACCUUACAACUGCAAAGGGCCCGUUACCCACAUCCACCACGUUUCGCUCUCUAGGAUUUCCGGGACACAUGUUAAUUAUCCCCCUGACUCAUGCACCCACUUUCGACGCAAUGACCGAGUCUGAUUCACAAACGGCCACCACCAAGGAGAUGCAAAGAUAUCGAGCUGCUUUGCAUGCAAUGCUGGAUGAAAAAUCCAAUGGGGAGCUUGGUGCAGUUACCUGGGAAGUCAGCCGUGCCAAGGGAAUACAUAUCCACUGGCAAUUUCUUCCCGUGCCAUCAGACCUAAUAUCUCGUGGGUUGGUGGAGGCAGCUUUCAGGGUCGAAGCCGAAAACCUUAAUUAUCCCAAGUUUAGAAAAGAGGAUAGCAAAGCAUUGGAAAAGGGCGAUUACUUUCGGGUGAUGAUCUGGGAGUCGUCAAAAAAUACCUCGAAAGGUGAAAAGGAAGAAAGAACAACGAAUAAAGUAGGCCUGGAUACCAACUUGAUCCUUCCAUUAUCGCCAGAUUUCCGGUUCGAUCUCCAGUUUGGCCGAAGAGUGAUGGCUAAACUUCUCCAACUUGAGAAGCGGAUGAAUUGGAAAGACCAUCUGCAAUCACAGGACGAAGAAGUUGCUGAUGCGGAAGCAUUCAAGAAGGCAUUCGAAAAGUUUGAUUUUUCAGUACAAGAGUAG